AUGUCUGACUUCGGCUCGAGCCAAGGUUCAUGCCAGCAACAGCAAGUUACUGGCGGCAGUGGUAGCGGCGGCGGGGUCUCGUACAGCUCCAGUGCCUCUGUAUUCUACAGCACGUCGGCGUCCUAUUCUGCCUCGAUGUCGUCGAGCAACUCUGACCCGCAAGGCCGCAGCCAGAGCCACACCCAGACCUACAGCGAGACCAUGACCAGCAACGAUCGCGACGGCACCAGCAUCCGCCGUGUGGCCGAACAGACAGGCCGGCCGACGCUGAUCGAGGAGACGUAUAUCCCGUCCCGCCCCGCCGGACGAGGCAUCGAACUCGACGGCGACGGCCGGCAGGGUGGCGCCAGCGGUGGCAGGAUCGAGGAUGUCACGAAUGAUGACGACCAAGACCAGGCGGCCAGGGACAGAGAGUACGAAGAGCGCAUCGAGGACGAGUAUGCAAAGCGGGAAGGUGGUGCUUGA